CGCGUAAAACCGAGAUGGUACGUAGUUACGGCACUCGUUCAAAAAGCCAAGCGUCGGAACUCGGAAAAUAAACGAACGAAACUCAGUCGAGUUUUCGAACGCGGUGAGAAAGUCGUGUGGGACCAGCUGAAUACUAAGUUCUUGUCUACGAGGAAUGUGCCAGUGAUUGUUACAAGUUUAAUUAAUAUUUUAAACAAGUGAUCCAGCGCAGUGUUGCCAUGGAGUUAAGAAGAUUGAGUAUUUGCAUCGCGUUCUUCGUGUUUGCCUGUUUAUCCCAAGGCUCAGAAGCAAGACAUUCGAUUGAACGUCGCGCUGCUGAAGAUGUGAACUACGAUUUAUUAGCAGACGAAGCGAGCGAUGACGAAGCGCAGAAUGACGCUGACGGCGGUAAUGAUGCAGAUGAGGAAAUAGAGGAAGAUGCCGUGAUUACUACCAAUCCUACCAACUAUACCGUCACCGUCGGCAAGUCCGUCAGACUUGAAUGCAAGGCCUCUCCAUCAGAGGGUGUUGUUGUGCAGUGGACGAGGAAGAAUACAAAAUAUUUUAUUGGUACUCUCAAUGAAGUUGAACAGAAUUUGAAAACUUACACCGGUCAGGAUAGAUUUUUUAUCGUUGCCAAUUCGACGGAUCUUCUCAUUAAAAACGUUCAGCCCGAAGACAGCGGCGCGUACAAAUGUGAAAUUCUGCAGAUGAAUGGAGUGUCCAUUGAGCACAAUGUAGUUUUACUGGAGUCUCCAAAAAUUAUUCGAUUCUUUGCUUCUGACAACGGCCAUGUUCCUGAGGGAAGAGAUCUGCUGCUCACAUGUGAGGUGUCAGGAUCUCCACCACCCCAGAUCCUAUGGUCUUGGGAAGGAAACCAAGGGAACCAGCGUUUGACGGAAAAAGAUGGAGAGUUCACAGCUAACAGCGUGUUCAUCAGAAACGUAAAGCCGGAAAACUCAGGAAAAUAUUACUGCUAUGUGUUGAACAACGUUGGGUCCAGCCAGGCGGAAGUGCAAGUUCAAGUUCUACGUAAGCCACGUGUUCAUGUGCACAGGACGAUUGUGAAUUCUGAUCUCAAUGUGGAAGCUGUUCUGGAGUGCUCAAUCCAUGACGAACCUGCCGCCCACAUCCGGUGGUACAAAGAUGGCCGCCGCAUCGAGGACUCUUCGCGCCAAUACAGCGUCUCGACUCACGGCCAGCAUUCCAACCUCACUGUCAUCCCGACAUCUGAUCUGGACUUCGGAACAUUCACUUGCGAGGCUGAAAAUAACCUCGGCAAACACAACAGAUCGAUUGACUUAGUUCAGAGUCCAGUUGUCGAGGACUUCGGAAACGACGGCCCUAAGCUGUUCUGGACCAUUCACUCUCAUCAACCACUUGAAGAGAUUGAGCUGCAGUUGAGAGAAAUUGAUGGGGAAGGUGAAUGGCGUACACUCAGGGUUCCUCUUCCCGAGGGUAGACGCCACGAAUACAGCAUUGUGUAUUCUCUGGAGGAUGCAGACAUUGAUGCAGGCAAAUACGAGAUUACUGUUAAAGUAAAGAACGAAAAGAAUUGGAGCGAACAUUCUAACCCAGCCAUCGUUGAUAUUGAAGCCCAACCGCAAUACAUUCGGCCGGCUUCAGUAUAUUUGCCGGGAGCUGGCCACAGCAUUCGACCCCACAUCGUCCUGAUUCCACUUAUCUAUCUAUUGGUCCGACUCUAAACGACGUAUAGACUAAUAUUUAUUGUUACAGCGAAGUAUUGGUGUUAAUUAAGAUAUCUGUUAUUAUAUUAAUCAAGGAUUCUGAGUAGAAGUUAAUUUACUUUACUAAAACUUAAGUAUAGAGACAACAGUCUUAUUGGCGUUAUCAUUUUUUGUAGAAUAAAAAUUGAAAUGAGCACGAAACGGAAAUGCGUCACAGCAACGCGUAACGGAAGUGGCUCCUCAUUGGCUGACAGUGUUAAAGCUGGGCAAAGUAAAGAAUACAACAAAAUAAAAGUUCCUCACACGAAAUCAAUCUGUCCUUGAGUAAUAAAAUAACUUACUUUUAUAUUUCGCUUUCAAUGUAUAGAAAAACAGAACAUAAUUACAAAUUAAAUAUUCUCGUUAGUGGUACAAACAAUUGAAAAUGCCAAGAUACUUAAUUGUUUUAUACAAAAGUGUAUUUCAAAUUAUUCUGCUAAAUGUAGUUGGUAUGUUGCUUCUGUAUUUUGUAAAUAAUUUACAAUAUUAAUAAUUAAUUGUAAUCCAACUAUUAAAUUUUAUUGAUAGCUACUUAGCGAUAUAUUUGACGGAUACUUAAAACAAGAGUUAAGCAUUUAGUUUUUCUUUUAGUACAAUGUUAAUCUUACUUCGUUUGGAAACAAAACUUACACUACACUAAGAAUUAUUAAUUUCCCAUUCAUAAUCGAAAACUAUUUAUUCAAUGCCAUGUUUAAAAUUCAAUAUUUCAUUAAGGAGCCACCUCCACGAGCGAGUAUAUCGCGAGAACUCGUCUAUCGUCGCUUGUCGGGUAAUAAUAAUCGGGUAAUAAUACGAGAUGACGAUUAUACCAUCAGCGUAUGGACGCCACUAUCUAUGGAAUCAAAGCAUGAUUCCGAUCGAUACCCGAUCGGAUCUGCGCUUGAUAUGCACUGGCUCCCAAAGUGUGAUACGCGCGCCGCGAGAUCGUCACAUUCUGCGACGAUAGGUGUACGAUAGUGUAUAAAGAAACGUACACGUAGCAGGGUUACGUUGGCAUAUAAGCUCCCAUACAAUCUACUCAUCAAAUCGCCAUGUGGUAUCACGUUCUAUUACAGUACACACAUAAAUACGUGGCACAACGUUCAUGUACGAGCGAGCCGCUCGUGGAGGUGACGCCUUGUGCAUUCGUUGAAGCGCAUCUUUCUUGUAUCUAGACAGAACAAAACACACUUUUCUAUCUUUGACAGCCUACGCAAAUCUGUUACGUUAAACCGUUAUUAAUAAACGCGAAGUAAAGUUCUUCAUAUUUUUUUUGUCUUUUUCUUUCCUUCGUACUACAGAAUUCAAUGACAGAGAGAAGUUCUUAACUUGGAGUAAAUUCACAUUGCGUUUAUUAAUAACAUUACCUGAAUGUUAAUAACUCUAUGACAGUUCAAACGUCAAAGGUUGACACCAAUAAUUUUAUUUAAUUUUUCGCGUUUCGUGUGCUGCCAGUAUGUGGUACAAACUCAACCUUAUUAUUUUAAUGACCCGUCAAGUAUUAAGUAAAACACCUUUGUAGGCAGUCUUACAUUAUUUUAAUUAAAAUAAUAGGUUAUUAUUACCAAAGUGUAAUUAAGUUAUUGUCACUUAGAGUUACAUUAGUUUAUUUUGAUUAACGCUUAUAAAUAUUUAUUCGACUGUUAAGCCGUUCGCUUAUUGUAACUAAUUAGAUAACUAUGGAUAGUGCAGUGAAUUUUACUCGUUAUGAUAUAGAAAAUCGGCAAAGAUUUUGACUAUUUCUUUCCAGUGAUUUUUGAGUAUUUAAAAAAUAAAAUAUUUACAAUUGAACCCAGUAAAUUAAUCAAAAUCUAUGUCGAUGCUAACGGCCAUAUGAAACUAUUAAUGACAGAAUAAAUAAUUAGUCUUAAAUACCAGUUAUAGCCUUAAUGAUGUGCCUAAAUAAUUUUAUAACAAUAGUUCCACAAGGUGCUAAACCUUUCAAUCUUCCAUUUUGAAUUUUUAAGAAAUAUUUGUGUUAAAAAUAAAAAAUGUGUCGUGUCUAUGGAUUUAUGGCUUUGAGCCUUUGCCUCAAAAUUGGCUGAAAUAUAAAAUGACGUUUGACAGAUAAAUAAUUAUUUGCAUAUUUAUUUUCUUAAAAAUUCAACAACAGUUAUAGUUACUAGUCUUAAUGUAAUGCUUUUAUCGUGUAUUUGCUUAUUUUAGUAAAUAAAAUGCGUUCCAUGAAAUUCAUAUUAAAAUUUCUUCUCUAAGUUUAUAGUGCAUUAUGAUGCACCUACCUAAGUACUCUCACCACGGACGAUUAAAAAAAGAAGGACUCCGCGGCGUGAUAUUAGCGAGUGAAGCACUUUUAUGCUAGUGUGUGUGCGGUUACAGGGGAUACUAGCAACGCAGUUUUUCUCCCUUUUAUAAUAUUAUGUAGUCAUAUAUGGCAACAAUUACUUUUUACUACGAUUUUAGACAACUGCAUUUUUAAAAUAUUUUAUUGCGAUGGAAACUGAUCUGUCACAGAUGAGUGCAAAUAUCAUAAUGGCGGCCGAUCGGCUUGCAUUAGUGUAAGUGUAUGCGUGGGGCUAUGUAUUUACAAGUUAACCGACUUGUUUUGGUGCUUCACUGUUUUGUAAGGUGACAUGGAAUCCUCCUUUUUUUACUCGUCCCUGUCUCUCACAUAACAUGUCAAGAAAAUACGAAUAUAGUAGUAAUUUGUUAAUAAAUAAUUCAAUUUGUUUAUUAUUUCUUAACGAUCACUAGUAAUUCUUUUAACAACUAUAAAUAUUGGUGGAUUAGUAGUAAACACUACUACUAUACAAAAAGAAUUUAGUGAGGUAUUAUUAAUAUAAAACAUUUGUCCAAAAACCCCACUAAAGACCUAACAAUAUUUUUCUUUAAUAUCAAUCUUCAGUAAAACAUCAUAAUGCGAUGUCAAGAAUUAUUGAAAUAUUCCUCAAAUUAUAUUUUUAAGUAAUAUGAAAUUGGAUAAAAAGUAGUACUAAGAUUUCUUAACAAUAUUUUUUGAAAUAGAAACAUUAAAAUUAAACAUAUUAGUACAAGCAAAAGUACAAUAGUGAUAAAAUUGUAUUUUACAUUGUUUAAUAUUCUUACUAUUUGAUUUAAUGCUAUGGUUUUUAUCGGAUAUAUGUUGUACUGUUGCGAUUAAUGUAUGCAUAGAUAAUUUAAAUAUUAUAUUGAAAUGGCUUGUAAUUGUGACUGUCAAUUAUAUUAUUUCGGGCGUCACUUUUUCUUCAUACAUUACGUUUUUUUUAGUACAAGACACACAGCUGUCGUCCAACUCAUGUCUUGAUUGCUAAAAAUAACUUUGAUUUUACCUUUAAACCUUAAUUUUAUUUUUAUAUAUUCUGAUUAAACACACUAAAGGCAAAGCUGAAGACAUGAACUCGUAGUAUUGAAAUAAUGUUCUAUUUCUUUUAUUGUGACCAAAAUAACAAAAAGUUUUUAAUUAGGCAUCUGACGUGUCAUUUCCUUAUUUUCUCCGAAGUGACGUCAAAUUAAUUAAUUUGUUUAUCGAAAAACAAUGCUUGUUAAACGUAAAAAAAUAUUUUUUACAUUUAAUAACAAAAAUCGCCCUAAUUAACUAUCACUGAAUCAAAUAGAAUAAGAUAAUUGCAAGAACAAAAGCUGUUAUAAUUAAAAUUUAAUAGAAAAGACGGCUCCACUGAGUUUCUGUAGUCAUACAAAAUAUUUUGUGGUUAUUGAAUGAAAAAAGAGAUGGCAACACUACAGACAACUGCCGCAAACUACAUAUUUUAAAUCAAUAUUUUUCUAAAUUGGUCCCGCUUUUUUCUAUUAGCAAAAAUAUUACUCUUAAUACAAGCCAGGCCUUAACUAGCUUUUCGUAUUUUUUUAAUAAACGCGCAGUACUUUAUCACCAGUUACCAAACAAUUGACAUAAAGGUAUGAAUGAAUGGAGCAAAAUUAAUAACUAAAGUAUUCUGCGCCCAUAAAUAUCUAAAAUAUAAACCUAAUCUUAUAAUCAGCUGUGUGUAUUGAUUGAUCUAUAGACGUUAAAAAGUGUUAAUCAUAAUCUUGGGAAAGUAUUUUACUAUAUAUAUACCUUAUAGAAUCAGCUGACUUUAAAUAAAAUGUACAACGCAUCUGUGCCUUCACUGUAUUCGGAUUCGAAGGUGAUAUUUUGUCUUAAAUAAAUAAUUAAUGUUUGUAAAUAAUUAUAUAA